UGUGUUGAACAUGAUUUAAAUUCACAUGGAUCCUAGGACCUAGAUUCCUUUAAACAUUUAUGCCUUGUAAUUGUCUAUUACUUAUCCUUGUGGCCUGUAACUUCCAUUGUGAUGUGCCAAUCUGAUUGUUCAAGUUGUCCGUACAUGCAUAUGGUUUCUGCCAAAAUCACAUAGUUUAGAAGGCUUUUGGUUUGCAUUAUUUGGUCUGGCAUGCACAUCUAAGUUUGUGGUCUUGCACAGUUUGUUAAAUGGUGAAAGAAACUUUUGCUUUGGGCAAUAGGCCCCCUCUUCUUUCCCUGAUUUGGCAAUGUAGCUAAGACCUGACAAUUUCUUUUUCCUGCUGGGUGUGAUCCUAAACAGGAUUGGAUCUUGUCUGGUCAUAUGAUUUUAAAAUUUAUGAAUGCAUUCUUGUACUUAUUCUUUGGACAUUCUUUGAACACAUUUGCUUACACAUGCAUUUACUUAUUUAAAAUUUAGGAGCACAUUCUUUUGUUACUGUUCAUGCAGCAAAUUAGCUUGCAUUACAUACCUCCUUGAUCUUUAGUUGUGUGAUUAAUUUGUGUGUUCUUGGUCUCUUUUUCUAUUGUUCCUGCAGUCUUCAGAAGUGAACAUGACCAUUGAAGAAAGGCACAAAUUUCAGUGUUCAUUUGAACGGUUAAAGGUUGUCGCCAGUACAUCACCAGUGGGUUGAUGAUCCAGUGAACUUUGAGCAUGCAAAAACACGUUUUCUGCUUUGAGGAUGCAGGGGAUCUGAGUAAUGAUGACUCAAAAUGAGCAACGAUAUACUUUGAAGCUGUUGACGAUGGGAGUUGUUAAUGGCAAUGAAUCAAGUCAAAAUCUUUGCGGGGAUAUCUAACAAUGCUGACAUGAUAAAAGCAGCAGGCAGUAAGUGGUGCAACUUGAUGGCAUGAAUAUCGGCAAUUGUGGGAGAUCACCUUGUUACCUUUCUCUAAUUUUGGCCACUGGUGUUUGCUGUAUGAGAGGGAACGGGAAGGAAGGAAGUUGUGUGUGUGAGAUGAAGUUUUUGUAGCAAUGGAACUGAUCCAUGGUUCAAGGAGGGGGGAGAAGGCAGGUUAUAUGUGUGUGUGGUUUCUAAGGUUUUGCUAUUAUAAUUUCCGGGUAGAUAGAUUAUCCUUGUAUUCUCAAUUUUGGGUGUGGAAAAUGAAUAAUGCCAACUACAUUGGUGUAUGUGUGUCACUGAAAUAUAUGGAGAAUAUAAAGCAAGCAAUUAAUUUAUGAUUUGGUCCGAACGUGAGUGAGUAGGCAUUGUGCUUGUUUUUAUUAUUUGUGUGGGGAAGAGCAUAAGUUUGAUUUAUGUUUUUCGUUAAUAAACAGCGUAGCCGUUGGUCUGUGUGGAAAGAGUAGGACAGGUUAGGAUAGGGUAGGAUAGGAUAGGACGUCUGAUUCAUUUUUUUUUAUAAUAAUUUAUAAAAAUUGAAUUUUUUUUAAAUUUAUUUUUUUGUUAUUUAUAUUGAUAUUACGAUAUUCGAAUGUGACCUUAAUUUUUAUCGCCAAACUUAAACUUGUGUUGGUUUGCAGGAUCAAUUUUUGGUGUUUGGACCGCAUAGCAAAAAAUGUAAUCUCAGAGGCAAAAACGCAGCGUUUCACUUGAUAAAAUAAGGAAAGCUCGGGCCUCAGCGAAGCGCCGAAGCAUCAAAAGCUCCCUCGUACAAAAAACCUCCAAAAGCAAGCAAGCAAUCAAUCACCCACCAAAACAAAAACAACAGUAAGAUGCAAUCCAAAAUAAAUUCGUUCUUCAAGCACUCCUCCUCCUCUUCUUCUUCUUCAAUCGAGUCCCAAAAUUCGCCUCCAGUUUUCAUCAACGAUGAGAACGAUGAGUUAGCCACCUGGGAAUACAGUCAACACACCAUUGUUAACACCUAUACGCGUAGACCACCAAAAAUUCAUGGGAAUGACGCCAAAAAGGAAUCAAGCAACGAGAGACUCGAGAAACCCAUUUCAGAGAAUGAGUUUUCUAGUAAAGAUUGUGGUUCCAAUGGGAGAAAUCUUAAUAAGAAAAGAAGUUAUGCACAGUUUCAUUUGGAGUUAGGUCAAUCUGAUUUUCUUCUCCAUGCUUGUUCAACUUGCGGGGUUAAGUAUUCUCCCGGAGAUGAAGAGGAUGAAACGAGCCAUUCAAUUUUGCACAAGAAUUUCACCCGUGGAAUUCAAUUCAAGGGAUGGCGAAAUGAGAGGGUUGUUUAUAUGCCUAAAGUUGAAGGAGGUCGUGUCAUUUUGGUUUUGGAUUCUGAUCCUGUAGCUCAGAGGAAGAAGGUGCAAGAGGUUGUGAAGAUGAUGGAAAUUGAGCUUGGUGGGGAAUGGAUUUUUCACAAGCUUUGUAAGGUAUACUUAUUUGUCUUCUCCCAACGAAUUGCUGGAUGUCUAGUUGCAGAGCCAAUAAAGGAAGCAUUCAAGGCCCUCUCAUGCUCAGUUGGCGAAAGACAUGAUGGUGCCCCAGCAAAGCAAACAAGGUCAAAAUCAAGCAAACUUCAGUUUGGGGAUAUUGUUUUUCAGAGAGAAGUCGUUAAAAGAUGUCCUUCUGAGGCGUUGAUUGGAAACCACACUGGAGCAAUUUUCUGUGAAAAGGAAGCAGUACCUGCUGUUUGUGGCAUUAGAGCAAUCUGGGUCACACCUUCCAACAGGAGAAAAGGCAUUGCCACUCAAUUAUUGGAAGCAGUGAGGAAAAGUUUCUGUAUGGGCUUUGUCAUUGAAAAAUCUCAGUUGGCAUUUUCUCAACCAAGUUCAGAGGGACAGGCAUUGGCAUCCAACUAUAUAGGCACAGGAUCUUUCUUGGUUUAUAAAACUGGCAAUUUGUGCUCCUAGAUAAUUAUCCCUUCACCUCUGCAUUCAAUGCCCAAAUUCAUUGUUUUAUUUGUUGGAAAGAUGUGGCAUCUCUUUCUAUUCGAAAACAUUUCUACAAAAAGUUUAUAACCAACCAUACCAAUAAUUUUCCAUCUUGAGUGUAUCAUUUCUUUC